ACCCUGCAGGCUUCGCUGGGAUUCUGGUCGUUGCUGCGGGAGGGGGUCGCUAGAGUUGCGUUUCUUUGCUCCUGGUUCGCCAGAGCUCUGCUCGUUUGUCACCCCGGGGGUCGAGGGGGCCGCGAUGUCCUCCGUGCAGGUUCUUUACCCUCCCAAGAUUCAUCACAGCAUGAUUAACCCGGGAUGCCUCAGAGAUGAUCCGAUUCAGGGGAAGGUGGCCUUGGAGACGCGCUAUCGCCUGGGAGCGUUGAUCGGGAGCGGCGGGUUCGGCACGGUCUACGCAGGGACGCGGCUCAGCGACUCCCUCCCGGUGGCUAUUAAAUAUGUUGCCAAGGACCGAGUUUUGCAGUUCCACCAUAUGAACGGCACCCUUGUUCCUCUGGAAGUCCUUCUGCUGAAGAAAGUGUCAUCUCCAGGUUGCCGAGGUGUUGUCCGUCUUCUGGAUUGGUUUGAGCAGCCUGACUCGUACUUCAUUGUUAUGGAGCGACCGCUUGUUUCUCAGGAUCUGUUUGAUGUUAUCACAGACCAGGGGCCGCUCCCUGAAAAUGUGGCUGCUGGUUACUUCCAACAAGUGGUGGAGGCAGUGCGCCAUUGCCAUCUGCGUGGUGUGUUGCAUCGAGACAUAAAAGACGAAAACAUCCUGGUAGAUCUUCUGCAUGGCGACUUAAAGCUCAUAGACUUUGGUUCAGGUGCAUUGCUGCGGGAUUCUCCGUACACAGAUUUUGAUGGCACGCGGGUAUAUAGCCCCCCCGAGUGGAUAAAAUACCACCGCUAUCAUGGUGUGCCUGCCACAGUGUGGUCCCUGGGCGUGCUGCUGUAUGAUAUGGUAUGCGGGGACAUCCCUUUUGAACGUGAUGAGGAGAUCCUGCUUGGGAAACUCCACUAUCACUGUAGGAUAUCCUCAGAUUGCCGUCACUUGAUUGAGUGGUGCCUCUCGUUAACACCAGAGAAGCGACCUUCCUUGGAGCAGAUCCUGGCUCACCCCUGGCUCCUCACAUUCUCAGAGCCAAGCGGAUGCAAAGUGCAACAGCCCACAACCCACAAAGGUGGUACCAGCCUGUGACUGGUAGCCUCCAGACAGAAUAGGGGCAGCCUGCCAUACAAGGAGCAAAGGCAUUGUGGCUUCUCCUGCACCAAUGGACUGAUAUAAUCACUGUUUCUUAUUCCUGCUGAUUAGCUGAGCGGGGAAUUGCCACUGGGGGCAAUUUCUGAAAUCUCAAUGGUGUGGCAGUAAUCCUGCCCAACUGACUAGACAAUGGGGCUAUCGCUCGGCCCCGACACAAAGCAACAGAGACCAAGGGGUACCGUUUUGUUUACACAAGGACUCUGCCUGACCCUGUGUGCUGGGAAGGGGCAGAGACUGGCACCAGGCAAGCAGUGUUUCAACGCUUUCUCUUGUAUGACUUGAGCACCUCAGGACCCACCUCCUUGGGGCAGCAGGAAUGGUUUGCAUUGCAUUUUUAUGUACCUUGGAUAUAUGGUGAUGUCUCUGGAGGUGCCAGCUUAUUUAUUUAGCAUGAUAUUCCAUUUGGGGAGCCUCGUUUUAUGCUGAUGCUAAGCGUUUACCUGUUAAAGUUUUGAGUCUAGGAAUACUUUUCUCCAGUACAGCCCAAAACUGACACAAUAACAUCUCCCCACUUUACCCCAUAUAUCCAUUCCUGUUCAGCCAUUCCAAGUCUGAAGCCAAGUUCUAGUGCUUGACUUCUCUACCCUGCCCUCCCUUGCAUUGCCCUAUUUUAUAAGGUGAAGGGAAUAAAAAGUAAAGACCUAAUCUCAUUCAAAAGGGUAUAUACAAAAUUAGUCCACAAAUAAGGGCAAGGUUGGGGUGUGGGGUUAAUUGAACUUCUGAAAAAUCCUGGCUCCAAGCCUCUUCUAUUAUAACAAGAGCCUCAAAUUUUGUUCACGUUCAAGCCAAGCUUUCAUUCCAAAGAAAAUGCUACCUUUUCCAAAAAUGCUGGCAGAAUCUUGUGGUUCUAAUGGCUUUCAGAAUCCUGAGUUUCUUGUUUGAAAUUCUUGAUAGGAUUCUUGACUCUUCUCAUAGAUCUUUCAUCUGGGAGACUUUAGAUGUGGAUGUAGGUGGCCCUGGUUGCUGCUCAUUCCAUCACUUCAGUCUUAGGCCUCCCAAGAGAUGGCUUGCAAGUACAGCUGAGAUUUUAGUUAAUAUAGGGAAAGUCUGGUGCCAUGGAUGUUUUCUUAACCUUGGCAAAUAUCUUUUCAUCUAUUGGUUUUUGUGAGACUUCUCUUCUCCCCCCCACAUGCUUUUUUUUUUUUUUCCUUAGAAACUGAGGGGUCAACAGGGGACUUUUCUGUUUAGCCUUAGUCAUCUUAAUGAAUUAGGCCAAAGUGCUCUUAACCUUUGAAUGAGAACUUUGUUUUGAAAGAGUAGCAGCAAGGGCCUUUUGGCUCUGUGAAUUGGCCUUCUAGAAAACUUUGGGCUAUAUGGGAUUCUCAGUGAAUUCCCCUCUGUAGUAGGGAGAUUUCUGUAUUCCUCCGGUUGCUCUGAAUUCUGAUCUUGCCACUUAGUAAAGAGAGGCAGACGCUACCUCCACAAGCAGUUAAGACUGACAAUAGAGGUGAAGAUUAAAGCUGAUUUUCAGGCAGAUUUAUCAGUCAUGGUCAUCUAAACAGGCCUCAACAAACUUUAGCCAGCCUUGGUAGUCAGCCAGGAGGAGUGCUUGCCACAAAUUUGCCCAGAACGAAGCGGGGGAUAAUGACUUUGCUUGGUAUCCUACUGUUGACAAUUCAGGCUUACCAAAAGCUUGAAUAUUCUGCUCUAGCUCUCAUCUGGAAAGGGAAACAAGACUCCAUUCUUAAUCUGGAUCUCAAAGACAUUUGGAAAACAAAAGUCUAACUACUUUCUGAGUGUCUCCAGGGUUUGGAGUGACCUCUGCUUCUGUUGAUCAUGGGGAAGAAAAAAUAAAGCAAAGUCUCCCCUUGAUUGCUUCCUGGCCAUACCAAAGCAUGAACUUGUGGUUCCCUGUAUCUGCACAAAGCUGAGCAGUCUUAAAAUUCCUGCCCAUUUAACACAAGUAUCGUGCCUCUUGAUACUUAAUUAAGUGGGAGCUGGGUCGGAGUUGUAUCCAAAAAAGGGAAGGGCUGCAAAACCGGGGAUCCAGCCUGGGAUAUUACCAGCAACCAUUUCUAACCCUACUGCCGCUAGCAAUUAUAACUAAAGAAUAUUUAUAUGCCAGUUCAGGUUGUUACUUUAUAUUUGUGGACUUGUGUGUCUUGUUACUGCCUCUCAUAUACAUUUAUGCAACCACAUAACACAGUGCCUCGCCCUUUUGGGCCCCUGUAUCUACAAAGCCCAAUCUGGGAUUAAAUAAACUUUUAUAAGAAAGAG